AUCAUUUACGGUUCAUAUUUAUUUUCUGCCAAAUAAUUUAAUAAAAGAUAUACCUUAUAAUCUUGGUUUUUAUGAAAUAUGGAGUCCGACUCCAUAGAUACACCAAAUAUGGAAGAAGAGCCAAUAAGUAAGAAAAAUUCACAAAAAAAGCAAAAGACGCCGGUUGCAGCUGAAGCUGCAGGUGACACUACCGGUGGACCAAAGAACCACAGAAAACGCAAAAGACACCAUUUCAAUGCUAUCCGUGCACAAAUGGAAUUCUAUUUUGGCGAUGCUAACCUUUCGAAGGAUCGAUUCCUUAAGCAGCUUAUUGACAAAGAUCCAUAUGUACCCUUGGAGGUAUUUCUAAAUUUUAACAAACUAAAGGCUCUAACAACCUCAGGAGCAGAAAUCGCUAAAUCUCUUUCGAAUUCCGAGCUUUUGGAGUUGGAUGAAGAAAAGUUGAAAGUAAGACGCAAGACAGCAUUGCCUGUAGAACGUAAUGUCGAUGAUAAGACACUUUAUGUAGAAGCAUUACCGGCGGCAGCAGAUCAUGACUGGGUGCGCCAGGCUUUCGAACGAUUCGGGCCAGUAGUAUAUGUGUCACUGCCAAAAUAUGCAAAAUCACGAAAAAUUAAGGAGUUUGGUUUUGUCGAGUUCGAGCAAGCGAGUAGUGUGGAAAAGGCGAUUAAAGCAUUUCAAGAAUUCAACGGUGUACUUCGCAUGCAAGAAACUGAUCCUGCGGAACUGCAAAGUGUUAAGUCCUUUAUCAAAGAACAAAAUGAAGAUGUUGCUGAUGGUAAUGAUGAAUCGGAAACCGAGCAGAAAAAGCUUAAAAAACUUAAGAGGGGAGUAGCUGCCUUGGUGGUUGACGAAGGGCCUGAGCCAAAGAAAGUUAAAACAGAAGAUGAAGAUUCAACAGCAAAUGAAACUGGCGAAACUACAAAUGAUGAGAUCGAAGUUCAACAGCAAGACAAUGAAGAUGGGAGUACAAAAAAGAAACGCCGUAAAAAGAAAAAGAAAACAAAAAAUUUAGAAAAACGCCGGAAGGAUACUGACUUAAAUACAGACGCAUCAUUUUAUGAAUUAAAAAUUCUACCGAAAUGCGAUUGGAAGCGCUUGCGUAAUAAAUAUUUAAAUUUGCAGCGGGAGAAGGUUGCCGAGUUAAAACGCAAAGCCUGGAAGGAAAGACAGCAGCAACAUCAACAGGCUAGUAAGGGCAUGUGUUCGGAAGCUAUGGACACCUCUGCACCUCUACCAACCAAAAAGCAAAAGCCUAAAGAGCGCAAACUACGCAAAAUGAAUAUGAAUUUUUAUGGCGCUGGUGAGGAGGAAACAAAACCACAACCGAAAGAGAUAAAGCAAAAUCCAGCCUUAGAACGUGCGCCCCUCUUCAGUUAUUCAGAAGGCCUAAUUGUUGAGGUUGGUUUCUUAAAUCCUUGUGUUAACGUAAAAGAAUUUAAGGCUGAUAUGCGUCAGUACGAAACUGUAAAGUAUGUUGACGUUAAGGAAGGCGCCAUUAAUGCACAUCUACGAUUGGACUCCGCAAAGGCAGCAACUGAUUUUGUAAAUCAAGUGAAUUGUGCCGAAUACAAAUGCAAAGUGCUUAGUGGCGAGGUUGAGUUAGAGUAUUGGAAGAAGAUCGAAAAGGAUCGUGAAAUGAAGUUGAAUAAACAAGUAAAGGUGCCUCAAAGAAGGGGCAGGGAGAAGGUUAAAAAGUUGAUAACAAAGCACAUUCGUUUCGGGGAGGAAGAAGAAUAAUACAUCUAUGUUAUGUUAUAAAAUGAAAAUUUAUUUGAAUAAAAUGAAGCACUACUCUCAUGAAAAACAUAUGCACUUA